CUAAGACUGCUGUGAUGUGUAAUAAUAAUGAUAAACAGACAGACGAGUCUUUGAAUAUUUAGGGGCUCCAGUGUGUACCGCUGUAUGAAUUUGAGAUUUCUCUUGUUUGUCGGUACAGAGAUGCAGAAGGAGCGUGCAAAGAGGAUGGACUCUGCAGGAGAAGAAGCGUCCCUGAAUUCACCUGAGCUGCCCUGGAACCAGCUCUAUUUGAAGAGAAGGACCGAGUCCAGGAUCCAGUUAAGGAGGAGAGUGUGCUUCACUGGCCCUGCUGCUGCUGCUGUUACCGGGGUAUUGGCAAUCCUCAUACUGGCUGCUGGCAGGGUCAGCGGCAGUGAGUUUGUGACAGUCCUGAGCUCAGUGAAGUGUACUGAGGGGCAGGACUGUAUCCUGAGCUGCACCUUCAACUACACAGCUGGAGACUGGGAUGAGAAGUCAGCAGUGGUCUGGAGAAGAGCAGAAACAGGAUGGAUCAUUCACAGUUACUAUGACAACAUGGACCAGCUUGCCCAUCAGCUCCCUCAGUAUGUGAGCAGGACCAGCCUGUUUGAUUCUGAGCUGCAGCGCGGGAACGCUUCACUGCUGCUGAGGAGAGUCAGGGAGGAAGACGGUGGAGAAUACGACUGCUCUGUUUACGUUCCUAGACUGUAUGGGACGGGCCUGACUGAGAUAAACGUGGUUCCGGCUGAACCCACAACAGCACCAGCUCACGUGACAGUCCCGAACUCAGUGAUCUGUACUGAGGGGCAGGACUGUAUCCUGAGCUGCACCUUCAGCUACAUCAUAGCUGGAGACUGGAAGAAGAUAGGUGUGAUCUGGAGAAGAGCAGAAACACAUGACAUUGUUCACAGUAAUAAUAACAGGGACCAGCUUGCCCAUCAGCUCCCUCAGUAUGUGAGCAGGACCAGCCUGUUUGAUUCUGAGCUGCAGCGCGGGAACGCUUCACUGCUGCUGAGGAGAGUCAGGGAGGGAGAUGCUGGAGAAUAUGAGUGCUCUGUUCCCACUCCUAGACUGCACGGGUCGGGCCUGACUGAGGUAGUCAUGGUUCCGGCUGAACAACACCACUGGUGGGUUUUAGGAGCAGUUCUUCCUCUUCUUCUUUGUGUGGUUGUGGGACUGUGGCUCUAUAAAACAAGAGGAGGAGAGAGAGGGGUGCUGUUGCAGUGUGGGCUUGUUUAGAAAAUGUUCUAAUCUACUGCUCAAAAAAAAAAAAAUAAACUAACUUGCCACACACACACACACAGCGCUGCCUAAUCGCGAUACUGAUAAAUCGCGAUAGCUGCUGAAUGGGAUAGAACUCUGGGAGACGGUUUUUCCCAGUGCUCUUGAUGUCGUUUAACUGGGACGUCCCUUUGUUUAAUUGGGAUGCAGUAUUUUCAAAUGAUGAACAGAGAUCGCUUUUCAGAGCAA